AUGGCGGCAACGAACGUCCUUUCCCGCCCCAUCAGUGUUUAUUCGAUACCCCCGCCGCUGCUUGAUGCCCUCACCGUCCGAUCCAUCCAGGCUCAGACCCUCUCCCAGCAAACACACAACGACGCUCAGCAAAUAGAGCCUGUCCCGGAACAGGAGCCGACAACAACAGCUUCGACCGGCCUUGGAUGUCAGACAUGCCCGGGAGCUUCCUUCGACACACCGGACGAUCAGCGCGCCCACUUCAAGUCCGACUGGCACCGUUACAAUGCUAAGGCCAAGGUCGGUGGCCAAAAGAUCGUCACCGCCGAUGAGUGGGAGAACAUGGUUGAGGGUGACAUCUCUGGAUCUGCAUCGUCUGCUUCCACGAGUAGCUCACGGUCGAGGAUCACGAAGCUCCUGAAGAAAACGCAGAUUAAGGACAAUGACAAGAACGAUGUGGACUCCGACGAGGAAGCAGAGAUCGCGGAACUGCAGCGUCGAGCACAGCUGAGGACAGCUGUCAUCUGGUUCACUGCUCCCGAUGCUCCUCCGUCUCUGUCUGUCCCCACCAACACCCAGUUCGGAGUCCACCGAGCACUCCUGCCAUCCUUCCAGACUGCCGGCGACUACCUCUCAGAGCUGAAGCGCCUUCAGCUUGCGCCGCCGACGCCCGAUGAGGAAGAGCGACGGAUAACGCUUCUUAUGGUGGCAGGUGGUCACUUUGCAGGAAUGGUCAUUUCGCUGCGCCCGAAGGGCAAGAAUGAGCCUCAAGCCGUGAAGGGCGCCGGCGAGGUGCGCGUAUUGAAGCACAAGACCUUCCACCGGUAUACAAGUGGUUCUCAAGGUCUCAACGACAACGCAAAGUCGAAGGCCGUGUCGGCAGGUGCCAUGCUCCGUCGCUAUGGUGAACAGGCAUUGCAAGAUGAGAUCCGAGAGCUGCUCUCCGAGUGGGAGGAGGAUCUGAAUCUAUCUGAGCGUAUCUUCAUCCACGCGAGCACGCACGGCAAGAAGUCCUUCUGGGGCUACGACGGCGCUGUCCUCGACAAGUCGGACGACCGCAUCCGCAGCUUCCCGUUCCCGACCCGACGGCCGACGCAGCAGGAGCUCCUCCGUUGUUGGCAUGAACUCACGAAGCUGAAAAUUUCGCAUCUCUCCGAGGAGGCGCUGCAAGCGCAGGAUGAUGCGUACAUGGCAUCGCUCCAGCCGAAGAAGCAGGCUGUCGCCGCGAAGCCUGCCGCUCCUGCGCCCGCGCCCGUUCCGGCAGCAUCUAAACUCUCGCCUGAGGAGGAAGCGAAGCUGGACCGACAGCGUCGACUGGCGGAUAUGAUCAAGAAGGGUCGACUCGAUGCCCUACGCUCCUUCGUGGAGAAGUACAGGUCCGAAAUCACCCCGGCGGCUCUGGGUCAGGCUGCUGCAGACGGGCAGGAGGACAUCGUCCGCUACCUGCUGACCGACGGCAAGCUCGAUCCCGCCGCUCCGAUCGACGGUAACAAGCGGGCGUACGACAUGGCGCAGACAAAGGGCGUGCGCAAUGUCUUCCGCCUGGUCGCUUACGACAAUCCGACAAUGUGGGAUUGGCAGGGCGCUCACGUUCCCUCCGGUCUGUCUGAGGAGGCCGCAGCGGAGCAGGGUGCGAAGAAGGCUGAGCGUCGCCGCGGACUUCGCGACAAGAUGCGCGAGAAGGAGAAGGCGCGUGCCGAGGCAGCUGCCGAGGAGGAGGAGCGCGAGAAAGCUGAGGCUGCCGCCCAGGCUGCUGCUCAACCGAAGGGUGCUUUCGGUGGGCUCGGGCUGCCGUCCGCUGGACCGCAGAAGCUCGGAGGAAGAGGAGCUGAGGGCGGUCUCGCUGGCCUCAGUCCCGAGAUGAGGAUGCAGAUAGAGCGCGAGCGGAGAGCGCGCGCUGCCGAGGCGCGCUUCGGGAAGAAGUAG